AUGUCCUCCUCCAACGACCAAACGCCCAGUCGCAUGCUCCAUGAGCUUCGACAGUUCGUGGCCUCCCUCUGUGUGCCUAUUCAACGUCAACGUGGAACAGUUACGAGUCCAACUUUCGGGCACGUUCAGCUGCCUCCAUAUCGGCUGGUGAAUCCAUGCUUGAUGAAGGAGAUUUGCGAUGCCAUUCCUGCGAUGGAUGAUAGGAGGCAUAUUCAACCCCUUUUCGUCCUCCCAGACGUUGAGAGGAGAAUUCUCAACACAGAAAUGAGAGAGAAGCUCAUUCGCCACCCCCUGUCGCCUGAGAUCAUUACAUUCUCCGAACUUCUCUUGGCCCUAAGAGCGAACCGCCGGGAGGCCGGGAGUCACCGCCGUGCAUGGAAUGGCACUUAUGAUCUCAAGGAAUGGCAUGAAAAGGCUAUUAUGCCAAAGAGGGCUCUCGUGGUGAUUCACUUGGAUCGUCAGGUCUCUGCCGACAGCGCACUUGCGCUGAUUGCUCUUGUGCAAUGGGCAUUCGACGUGAUCAUCGACACCAGAUGCCGCAUACACAUCUUGACAAUGUCAACCUACGGCAUUCGCAAUAUCGUCCCAGACCUCGCCAAGAGACGAGCCCCAGACCUGGCAAUCCCAGAGCUAGACCUCGCACCCUUUGGUGACCUCGACCCUAUUGCCAAUGCGCGUGUCAUUCAACACCAAGACAUUGCCUCGCAGCUUCACAGAGCAAUAUUGUCCAGCAAUGGGCGCCCGGUGGCAAUCAUCUUUCUUGGAAAUCAGGACUUGUUCCAUGGGAUUGUUCAGUUCUGUGACUGGCACAAACAGUCACUCGGAGAGCGUACAGUCGAAUGCCCCUCGGACGAUAUCGAUGCCUUUCGCCGGUGGGAGGAGAAGGAGGAGGAGGAGGAGGACCCUCCAACAAUUCGUCUCAUUCGCUUAGACGGCAAUUGUCCUAUCAUUCCCAUAGCCUUCGAGGGCUUUGACCAAGUUCACAUCGUGCUUGGCCACAACUACCAGGAGGUAGCCUGGAACAAUCAAGCUGGGCAGUUGGUUGACUUCCACCGCGUCACCGCUCGCAGUGAGCGAAGAGACCAGAUUUGGUGGGCUCGCCAGCCAAACGCCCGUGUGACCUGCGUCUACACUGGGGGAAGCGAACUGGAAGCAUUUCUGGAAACAGGACAUCAUCGUCACCGGCUCACCGAGGAUUCCCAUAUGGGCGGUUUCAUGGCCUCGGUUUUUAACAUGUCCACCUGGGGUAUUGAUCCCAGAAUGGCCUUUGGGCGUUGUGUAAGAGCUACAGAGUCUCGCACAGCCUCGGAAAUACUCCAUCGACUGACCGUCCAGGGCAUCAUCUCUCAAGAGGUGUUCGUUCUACCCGAGCCUGAUGCAAGGGCUUUCAGACAGAUCCUGCCCCUGGUUAAUUACGACCACCGGCUCGCAUUGUUCGUUGCCAUUGAUUCUGGAAAUUCCGACACCAUAGUACGGAUGGUCAAGAUUCAGUUGGCAGCGCUCAUCAGCUCUGGAUUCCAAGACGUUCUUUGGAUCCAAUGCGAAAAUCUGAAAGCGGCUAUGGAAACCGAUCCCAGGCUACUCUCGCAGAUGAUCCGUGCAUGUGUCGGGUACGGCCGUCGUCUGGCCAGACAGGGGACCAUGUGGCUUGUACUUGGGCUCUGGAAGCAUUUCAUCCAUGCCGAGUCUUCCGGUCAGAACCGGGAAUUCAGGGCCCUGUAUGAUGUGGUUGAGGUGGAUCAAAGUCGUUCUCCUAUUGCACAAGACCUGGUGGACACGAUGUGCCUUUAUCUCAGGAGAGUGGGCAUCGCAGUACCUAGUGGCAUGAAUGUUGCUGCCGAGGUUGGCGAUAUCAACGAAACCCAAGCUCGUCAACUCCAAGCCCAUCUUCUCCGGUCAUACCUCUAUCAACUUAUUGGGGGAAAGUUGCUGGAGGGACAAACCAAGCUUUCUCACAAGAUUAUCGCCACGGACACACGGAUCGGCGAAUUGGGAGUCCCAGACCUUGAAGAGAUGCAUAGAAAGGAGGGAUCUGAGAUGAUCUUUGGAGUUUGUCAUUCCCUAAGCAAGAGAGUUGGACAGUCACUCGUUUUCGCCGCUGACUGGACCUACAUUCCAGCAGACAUUGUCGCUGAAUGGAAGAACAAGAACGCGCCAAACACCAGUCUCAGGGAUAGACUUAGAUCCGGCAUCGAGCUCGCGACGAGUUAUGGAAGGCAAGGCGGGGUCAGGCGGGAUCUUGAGGAUGCCACGACUCAAGCCAACGAAACCGAAAGAAGUCGUGAUGAGCUCCAGGAGACAGUUGGACGACAGCGCCAAACGCUGGAUAGCCAGGUUGGUGAGAUCAGGAGACUAACAGAAAAGUCCCAGCAGCGAGAAAAUCACUUCUCUCACCGAUCCGAGGCUCAAGUCCAGCAAGCUGCGGCGCUGCUGCGCCACUUAUCGAUUGGCACCGAGUCAGAUGUCUGGCGGAGCCUCGCCAAGCAGACGCUCCAGGAUUUGACCUGGCUCGCCACGCAAGCAGCGUGGACCUCUUGGAGAAUCUUUCUCUCGUGGUCCACUAACAAGGCUCUGGAUGCCCAAGUGGAUGAUCUUAGCGUUCACGCCGCAGCCCUCGAUGUACUUGCCAUCCUGUGGUCUGGAUCGACGGAUGCUGAGAACUUGUUAAACCAGCUCCAGGUCCUGCAGAAUGGCUUAAUAGGCUCCUCUUGGGUUGUCUUAUCUAUAGCCGAGAUGCUUCUCGAGUCCUGCGUAUAA